AUGUGGAUGGAGGAUAUCGCGACCAAGUGCCCACCAGGCCUCAGCUGCAAUGUCCAAACCAUUGGCCAAUCCCACGAGAGUCGUGAUAUGAAAAUCAUCAAGAUUGGCGCCAACUCAAAUGGCAAUUCCACCAAGCCAGGAAUCUGGAUCGACUGUGGCAUUCACGCCCGGGAAUGGAUCUCACCAGCUACAUGCGUUUACACGAUAUACAGGAUGAUUGACGACUUUUCCCGAGGAUACACCAGGGCCACAGCUGUCCUCAACCAGUACGAUUGGUACUUCCUUCCCUCAGCCAACCCUGACGGGUACGAAUUCACGUGGGAUGAUGACCGCAUGUGGCGCAAGACGAGGUCACCGAACUCCGGAAGCUCAUGCAUGGGGACUGACCCGAACAGGAACUGGGACUACCAAUGGAUGGUGGCCGGUGCCAGCAGCAACCCCUGCUCCUACACCUAUGCCGGAACGAAGGCCUUCUCAGAGGCCGAGACUACGGCCAUGAGGGAUUUCAUCAAUAGUGUGAAACCAAGCCUGAGGGCCUACGUAUCCAUCCAUUCGUACUCGCAGUUGAUCCUGCUGCCAUAUGGUGUGGCACCAGCCAUCCCUGCAGACUACAAUGAACUGGAACGUGCAGCUAAAGCCGCCCGUGAUGAGCUUGGAUCGAUGUUCGGGACCGUCUACCGAGUGGGAGCCACCCCCGCCCUUCUUUACGAUGCUGCAGGCACCUCUGCCGACUGGGCCAAGUUUGUCGGCAUCAAAUACGCGUACACUUACGAACUCAGGGAUACUGGAAGAUACGGAUUCAUUCUCCCUGCGGACCAGAUCCUGGCCACGGCCAAGGAGACCUACGUAUCGCUGCAGAGGCUGGCUGAAGAGAUGAAAGCAUGAGGCAGCCGUCCUAGAAGGUCGUGAGCACAUUUCACACGAUCCUGGAGGACAGGUGUAGAAGUAGAAAAUGUCCCCCUGGAAAAAGUGUCCGAAUUUCAAACUGGGCAAUGUUUAGUGUCCUAAAAGGUACCCAGGACGAUCCUGGGUAACUUUUAGGAUUACCCAGGUUGGUCCUGGGUAAUGUUUAUGUAUACCCAGGACGACAUCUACCGAUUCGGCGUGAGUAGGCGCGGGUAUUCU